AUGUUCAGUUUUCGAUCGCACAUCGCCUCCCGCAAAUACAUCGAUCUUAUACAUAGGGAAACGGCGAAAUAUGCUAAUUGGGAUCCAUCAAAGAAGAUCGAGGUAGGAGAUUAUGGCCACAUCAACCGAAAGACGGGAGAAUUUGAGGUCGAAGGAAACGUAUACAAGCAUUCGAGCACAGCGGAGAAGGCAGCGCUGUUUCCUCCAAAUAUAGGGUACCCGAUGCUGUCUUACACCGUGUCCUCGCAUGUGGUCGCGCGUACGGGUUUUGAGGUGACCCCCCAAGUGGGCGUCCAAGGGAUCGCAGACGCCUCGAUCAAAGGCGAAUGGCAGUUUGGCGGCAAACGCGGUGCGCUGCUCAUCAUGUCGCACUCGCGCAUAGAAAGUAUGCCUGCGGAGCUUCUCGAAUACAUCACCUCUUCCCCGUUGAACGAAAAAGGCUCCCUUUUCAAAGAGAAGGGCCUUGUGACAGAGAUACACACAUGUCCAGCGUAUAGUUUGUACAUGUCUGCAGGAAAUAACGAGAAACUGAGACUAGCCUUCCACGUAACUACGCCGAUACCGUCGGCACCCGGCGCCACAGCAGGGGGCAAAGUUGGCGGAGAAUGGUGGAAAGAGUACGAUGCAGGAGUAUACCAAGAUGCAGCCCACCCGGAGGGUAAGCACACGUUUGUGCCGCUCUUCAAACUGAAGAAGACUCCCAUUCGCAUACGAUACCGGGACAGUCCGCCGCCUGGGGCUAUGGCUGACGAUGAGUGGAUCGAUUCCCCCGUGCCGUGGCACCCGCUUGAUGAGGAAGGACAGGAAUUCAAGGACGAUGUGGGUAGACGCUGGCAGGAUGAGUGCGAUGAGCUAACUUCGUCAUAUACAGGUACCCGGUUCAGAUGA